AUGGGUGAACCGUCCAUAUCGAGAGAAGAAAAGUUCGGCACCAACUCGGUGCUCCCCCAGACACUAUCGGCGUUACGCUUAGUAACAGAAAACGUGGCCGCGCAGUCAAUCCCGGGGCCCCCGAAGUUCCACAUUAGUGAUCACUAUAACCGAUGGGAAUCCCAAGUCCGGCCAUACCUACUAGACGAAGCGGUGUACAAUCAGAUUCACCAAGAAGUCCAUGAAGACGUCUCAGGUGAAGCGUUUGACACAAUGCGGUCCAUCAUUUUCCCGCACCGGCGAAACGAACAGGACCAAUACGCUUUCCACUGUUGCACGCAACGACCUGAUGAAACGGCCCAACGAUUCGCAGCAGAACUACUAGAAUUAUCUGCGCUGGCAUUCCCCGAAUUUCGUCGAUGGCGUGAGUCUGGCAGUUGUUCAGAACUCGUUCGCCAAACACCACCCGAGUCGCUAAAAGAGGCGAUUGAUCGCGCCGUCUUGCUGGAGGAACCACCCGUGGUUACCGACGCCCUGCGUAAACUGAAUGCCCCAGCCAAUUCACCGUCCGAUCUCAGACAACGACCUAGGCAAUAUGCUGGACGCCGAAAUCAGCCGCCAGAUCGACAGAGGCGGCCCUGGGUUGCUCGGGAGAACACAAAGUACCCCAGUUCAAUUACGGAUCCCGCGCCGGCUAGCCGAAGCAGUCAAGCGACAGAGGCCGAAUUGCUCCUAUUCUCCAACGCGUCCGAGACGGGAUACGAGGCAGUAGCCUAUGCUGACUUCAUGUGA